AUGUUCGCUCUGGUAAAAUUCUGCUGCGAUAAGCAAACAUCUGUUGUUCCAGUAGAUUUCAUUAAAGAUUUUAGAUGUCCAUUUGAUUUUGAUGAGAUCUUUGAUAUCUUCUGGAGCCCAUCACAAGAUGAUACCCCUGAGUCUCUGUUGAGGAAACAGGGAAAAAUCCUCACGUUGGAUGAUGUUGUUGAGGAUAAAAAAAGUAGAAGGAGAAAUUCUCCAUUGCCUGGAUACUACAAAGGUUGGGUACUCCAGGUAGCUGUGAAUGAGGAACAGCUUGCAGCGAAAUUAGAAGCGAAGGAAAAUAGAAAGCAUAUCACUGCAGAUAAAGAAGGGCCUUCAUCAAAAGCGAAUAAGAAGGGAAAGAAGACUUUAAUUCGUCAAGGAAUGAAGAAAAGUCUGACUGAGUUGCCAUUCCCGGAGCUAAACUCAGACACUGAUGAAGAUGACUCAGUCAUCCCAAUGAAAAUCCAUAAGGACACGGUGGCUGAGUAUGAAAAAAAAAUAAGAAAGUUGAAAGCUUCCAAUUCUUCAUUACAGAAUAAGUUGGAAGUAACACAAAAACAUUUAGAGGAAGUAUUGGCGUUAAACAUUUCGUACCAACAAAAGUUUCUCGGAGGAUUAAGCCCUGAAGGCUUAAAUGUGUCUAAACAUUCAGCACCUCUAGCCGAGCCAUCGUCAUCUGAAUUUAAACCAUCAGCCGAAACCUGCAGCCUCCAAUUUCAACCACAGGCAUCGCCUUCUAAGCCUGCAGAAAUUAAGUCAACAAUGGAAGUUGAAGAAUUAGAAAUGGAUAAUUUAAAACCAACGGAAGAUAUGAUGGCUAAGGCGAAAUUUAGAGUGAAGGAUGGUGUUGCUGGGGACAGCAUGUAUGUAAAAAAUUUAGCCAUCAUGCUAUUUGAUGUGGAAACGCUGGCACGUUCAAGUGUGACUGGCCACAAAAGCAAUGCUUCAAAAAAUGCAACAGUAAAGCCAGCGUUAGACCCCAAAAAGUUGGCCUACUUAAGAA